CCCAAGGGUGUUUUAAAUGUAAGAAACAUUUGCUUGGUUUCUUUCAAUGCAGCCUCCAGGACCAGACAACCUGUUUGUCAAUUACCUGUCUAGAAUACACAGAGAAGAGGAUUUCCAGUUUGUUUUGAAAGGAGUGGCUCGUCUGCUUUCCAACCCUCUGCUCCAAACCUACCUACCAAAUUCGACUAAAAAGAUUCAGUUCCAUCAAGAGCUGCUGGUUCUCUUCUGGAAACUCUGUGAUUUCAACAAGAAAUUUCUCUUCUUUGUUCUGAAAAGCAGUGACGUUUUAGAUAUCCUGGUGCCAAUCCUUUAUUUUCUUAACGAUGCUAGAGCAGAUCAAUCUCGAGUUGGUCUUAUGCAUAUUGGUGUCUUCAUCUUAUUGCUGCUGAGUGGGGAAAGAAAUUUCGGUGUUCGUCUCAACAAACCAUAUUCUGUACGCGUACCAAUGGAUAUUCCUGUCUUUACAGGGACACAUGCAGAUCUUCUCAUCAUUGUUUUUCAUAAAAUCAUCACUAGUGGACAUCAGCGAUUGCAGCCCCUGUUUGACUGCCUCCUUACCAUCAUAGUGAAUGUAUCUCCAUACUUGAAAUCUCUUUCCAUGGUAGCAGCUAACAAAUUGCUGCAUCUAUUGGAAGCAUUUUCAACUACUUGGUUCCUUUUCUCCAUGGUGCAAAACCAUCACCUUGUCUUCUUUUUGCUGGAAGUCUUCAACAAUAUUAUUCAGUACCAGUUUGAUGGUAAUUCCAAUUUGGUGUAUGCCAUUAUUCGCAAGCGAAAUGUAUUUCAUCAGCUGGCCAACCUACCCACUGACUUGCAGUCUAUCCAGAAAGCUUUGCAACGCAAAAAGAAAGCUCCUGAGCCCAUCUCUCGUACCAACUCUCAGGAGGGGAUGUCCAUGGAAGGGUCGCGACCUGCUGCACCGGCAGAACCUGGGACACUAAAGGCCAGCCUAGUAGCAACCCCAGGCAUUGACAAACUCACAGAGAAAUCUCAGGUGUCAGAGGAUGGGACCAUGCGCUCCCUAGAGCCAGAGUCCUCUCAAUCUCCAGCAGAAGAAAACCCACCAGGCGUGGCGAGUGAUACUGAAACUUGGAACAUGGAGUCCUCACAAUCCAGACGGGAUCGACGACGUCUGUCCAGCACAUCCUCUGUUGGGCAGUGGAAUCCAACUCCUGAAUGGGUGGUGUCUUGGAAAUCAAAAUUGCCCCUGCAGACAAUCAUGAGGCUAUUGCAGGUCCUGGUUCCCCAGGUAGAGAAGAUUUGUAUUGACAAGGGCCUUACAGAUGAAUCCGAGAUUCUGAAAUUCUUGCAACAUGGCACAUUGGUGGGGCUCCUUCCUGUCCCUCAUCCCAUCCUGAUCCGGAAAUACCAGGCUAAUUCUGGUACCGCUAUGUGGUUCCGCACUUAUAUGUGGGGAGUUAUAUAUCUGAGGAAUGUGGAUCCCCCUAUCUGGUAUGACACAGAUGUAAAGCUAUUUGAAAUUCAGCGCGUUUGAGGAACGGAACUUGCCUCUGGUUGAGUAGCAACACUGGAAAAAAGGAUCUUGCUGUGUGCUUGUUCAUCACAGCUCUUUCUUCAUUUCACUGCCUCCUGCAUGUUCUAGAGAACAAUCACAGCCAUUUUCCCUUCUACUUUUAAAACUCAGCAGCCCUUCCUAACUUUGCCCCCCCACCCCCUCAAGAAAAGGUGUGAUGGAAAAUUGUUGAAGGAACAGCCAUUGCAUACUGAAAACCAAACAAGAGUUUAAUCAAACCUUCCCCAUGCUUUUUGGUGCAAUUUUGAAUCUGACUAGCUAGAGAAACCAUCUUUCACUCCCUGGUCAGAUUCAGCCUUUACGUAGAAAGACAGUGAAUGUAAAGAAUUAGAAAGUGGACCAGUGAAGGAAGAUAAACUGCAAGAAGUAGCUUUGUGGUUCUUUUCCAAAGAAUGUAGGCUCUCAGCCCUUCCUUUCCAAUCCUCUGUUCCCAGGGUCCCAACUGCUUUAUUGCAUUCUUAUGAGGAACGAGAAGGAGUUUCCUUUAGUGACUGUUGACCCAGCAGUCUACUUAUUUAUGUUACUUCAGGGAAACAUUUUGGUUUUGUUCACUCCCCCCCUGUGAAAAUGUGCUUAAUUCCUUUGUCCUGAUGUUGUUACGGAACAUUCAAAUCACAUUUUUGUUUGUUUUCCUAACCUUGUAGGUAACUCCUUUUAUAGACACGUGUCUUAAAUAUAUUUCAUAUUUUAAAAUUGAUGUUUAUUUCAAGAAUUGUUUUUGGGAAAAGUACUGUGGGACAUUUUGAGAGAUGAGGAAACAGCUUGGGCACAUGCUAUUUUCAGGGAUUUAGAAAUUAUUGUGUGGGAUAUUUUUUUUUUUAAAUGUAUUGAGAUCAGCAGUCAGACUGCUGGAAUAGAGUUUUAUUCUCUAGAAAGUCACAUAGUGUGGCUUGUAUUCUAAGUUGGUUAAUUAAACUGUAAUUGAUGUAAAGUAAAACAAAUUCUCCUGCUUAUAAAUUUCAGGAUGGCCUUACAGGAUCCAGUAGCAUCAUAUUAGUGUAAGUGUGUUUUGCUCAACACUAAGGAUGGCAAGUAUGUUAUUAUCUCCUUCUUGCCAAUUUUUAUUUGAGCCCUAACCAGAGAAUCUGAAAUAUGAGAGGCUGUUUUGACCUAGCUCCUUUUUAUAAAAACUUGUCUUUUUUCAUACCUGAUGUUAAACAAAUAUUGUCACCUUGUGGCAUAGGAAUGUGUAACUUAAACUUGUGAAAUUAAUUCUAACUGCAGUUUGUUUGUUUUUCUGCGCAAAUUUUUUCCCCCCCAGGUUUUUUUAUUACAAUAAAGUGAGCAAAUUGUAGGUGCAGUUGGAGAGUAGACUGGAUAAAUAAGAUAAUUGUUAUUCCUUUUUGACAUUUCUUCCUUUGACAUUAAUCAUUUCAUGUCCUCCUCAUUAACAAUAACCUAAUUAAUUCUUAUUACAUACUUAUUGUUAGAAAGAGUGAAGAUUAUAUUUUCCUUAGAAUGUCUGGUAGAUGCCCACUUAAGGUUCUGAUGAAUUGCACCAUAUUUCUAUCUCACUACAGAGUAAAGAUUCUUGUUAGUAUACACUCAUCCAUGUCUUUCACCUGUAUGCACAAAGACUCCCAUAUAUGUGUAUAUGUACACUUCUGUGAUGCUCCGAUAUUUUAUUGUAUAUUAAUGUAUGGUUUUUUUUUGUGAAUUUACCUUGACUUUUUCUUUCUUUAGAAUGGCAUCUCUGCUCUUUGUUCCCUGAAGAAUCAAAAUUGCACUAUAAAUUAUUUACUUUACAUAUGGAGAUAAAAUUAUCUUGAACGCUGUAGCUGGCUUUAUCUAUAUCACAAGAGUUUAUUAGCUUAUUUGUGUUACUGUUUGAUUUAUGAUGCCGUGGCAUUCUUUGCAACAUGUACCUUUCCAUUAAAGGCAUGGCUGCAGAGGAACUUCUGGAUCGAUACUUUACUGUUCAGUAUCUGAAAGAAUAAUGGUGUGGCACAUUUUACACCAGCACAUUUGCUGGUGAGAAGAAGGGGAUAAGUGGACUGUACCUCAGAUUCUAGAUGACUUUGUGGAAUUAAAAUGUACCAAAUAAAUGUACCUUCAAAGAAA